AUGGACGACAUCAAAACUGCCCAGAAACGACGCAGUAUCUACCUUCGCCCUUUCCUCCUCUUUUGGCUUAAUUCACUGUUCGCCGAAAUUAUUUUCCUCGCUGUCGGCAUCUUCAUCAUGACCGGCACCCGAGACCUCUUCUACAAAGUCAUGUGGACUCUUGUCUUCUGCCCGUUAGGAAUGGGCGGGGCAAUGGGUGGAUUGAUAAAUUGCUUUAUUGUUGAUCACUACUAUGGGAAAAAUGCCGCUCAUUUCACCGGCAUCCCUGCGCUACUGGUUCUCAGCGCAUGUAACUAUCUUUGUUACAACCUCGACAGGCAUUUUGGAUGGUUUAGGGCUGCGGAGCAUCCGAUGUGGUUCCAUUGGCGGUAUCCGAUGAUUUGGGCGGUCGGUUAUGGGAACGGGAUACUCUUGUUUAUAGACAAGGGACAGGAAAAACUGGCGAGGAUGGGGCUUUGA